AUGGGACCCAACCUUAUCAAAUUAGCACUUCUGCUAUCCGUCCUGUGGUGCACCGCCCGAGUUGAGGGUCAAAAUCCUCCAAAUGUGUUGGUAAAUAUUCAGGGUCUAGGAGUAGUUCGUGGUUCCACCGAAUGGACAGCUCGCACCAACCAGUCGAUUUCCUGCUUCUACAACAUCCCGUACGCUGAAGCUCCAAACGGGGCUCGGCGGUUCAAAGCCCCGCUGAAGGCCGCUGCGUGGGGCGAAGUACGGGAUGUUACUCAACCCGGUCGCGAAUGUCCCCAGCCAGUUGAAGGACUCAAUCAAGACAAUGAGGAUUGUUUAACUUUGUCGGUGUAUACGAAAAAUACGGAAGGUAAUUUUCCAGUAAUGGUUUACAUUCAUGGUGGUUCCUUUUACCUGGGAUCGGCAGAGCAGCAUCCGCCGAACUAUCUACUAGAACGAGAUGUUCUACUGGUUGUGAUUCAGUAUCGCUUGGGUGCCCUUGGAUUCCUCUCAACUCUGAGUGAUACAAUACCGGGAAAUGCCGGAAUGCUAGAUGUCAUUAUGGCACUACAAUGGGUACAGGAUCACAUCGCAGAUUUCGGAGGAAACCGUCAGAACGUGACCGUGUUUGGACAAUCCGCAGGAGCAGCAGCUGCUUCGGCGCUUCUGUACAGUCCGUUAGUUCCGGUGAAUCUUUUCAACAAGGUUAUUUUACAAUCUGGUGGAUCCAUUUCCACUUGGGCAAUUGAUCCCAAUCCGGUUGGGAACGCCAAAGACUUUGCCAAGCAUGCCGGAUGUCUAGAUGAUGUUUCGUUGGAAGCAACCGAACUGUGUUUGAUGACCGUUCCUACUGACGUGCUUGUAAAUGCGCUACCGAUGCAUCUGGCAAACAUAUUCACUCCUGGCAAGGAACACAUCAGUAGUAUUGGGAUGGUAGUAGGAGGACCAUCAAAUUUUCUGCUGAAAAAACCAUUCGAAAGCGUUCGUCAGGGUCAAAUUCGAUCAGAUAUUCGGUUGAUGGCCGGAGUCACCAAACAAGAUGGAUCGUUUCUUCUCAACAGUUUGUACGAUUACUUGAAUACUACCCAGUUACUGAAUGAUCCCAAAUUUCUUGAGUAUGAUUUGGUGGAUACUAUGAAUCGUAUUCUAGGUUUAGAUGAAGAAAGUGGUGCUUUAUCGGCGUUCGAAAUCGAUGCUCUGUUCAGUGCAGAAGAACUUAAAAGUGCCAAUUUCUCAGUCAUGGCUAAGGGAUUGAUCGAUAUUGCCAGUGCCAUUAUUCUAAAAGGCCCGGUUCUUAGAGAUAUUCAAGCCAAUGUAAAGUACAGCAACGUGGCCUAUCUGUACACGUUUGAUUACGACGGGGAGCAUACUCGAUUUGGAUAUGGAAAGAGCACGGACCACUAUCCGUACGAUGGUGGCAUUCAUCAUUCCAAUGACAACAUCUACUUGUUCCCGUACCCGGAUGAGGUCACCGAACUCAACGCUGAAGAUACCCGAAUGUCGGAAACCAUGGUCGACCUGUGGACAUCGUUCGCGAUCGAUGGAAUUCCCAAGUCGUCAAAUGUGCAGCAAUGGCCACCCGUUGAUAGUUUACUCGGGCCGUAUCUGCACAUUAAUUCACCGGCAAGUGUUGGUGAAAACUUUUAUCGGGAAUUUUCCGUUACCGCCAGGGAUGAUCCGAGUGCUGCCGCUACUAACGUCGUUACAAUUUCCACACUGAUAAUUAGUUGUAUUGUGGCAUUUUACAAAUGGAUUUGA